UAUGUGAUAUCACGUUUUCCUCAACAACCAUCAAAGAUAAAAUGAAUGUUUAUCUUUUAAGUAAAGUCAUGCAGAUUCGUGUAAAGUUUUAAGAUUAUUUAAUUAUCAUCUAGUAAAGUAAGAGAUUUUACGGACUUUUUUCAAAAUAAAUUUCAGCAAAAGCGUCUAUAGAUGCAUCUAAGUGUUUAAAGUAGUUUGUCCCUUGUGGACUCGAAACCUUGCUUAGGAAGUGGUAUCAGUUCCUGUGAGGUAGUUAGCCAGCUGCCUACCGGAAUGUCUAUGGUUUUAUCCUGUAUCAAAAAUCAUGUUCUGGUAUAUUCCUCCGCCGUUGAAGCUGGAUUUCGGCAUGGAACAGACACUAUGUUACGGGUGGUAAACGCUGGGAAUACGCUUAAAAUGGGCUGUGCGAUGUCCAGUGAUAGUGUUGCGCGUAAGAAAGACGAAACAUGGAGAAUCAUCAUCUUCGUCACCUUCAUCACCAACAAACAACUGAGCGACGACAUGAAAAUUGUCUACAUGUACCUGUGAACUGAAAGAUGCAUGCGAAGAGUGUUGUUGGCAUGCGGAUAUUUGGACAUAUCUUGUUUGGUUGAAACAUGAAAGAGCGUGAAACGAAGAUAUCUGUGACAUGCAGCACUGCCGACUUGUUUAUCUUUAACCGAUCAGUAUAUAGUAAAUGGGUACCGGCCAGGGCUGUCCUUUGUUAUCAUAUAUAGCAUCAUUAUUGACAAAACAAUUGUGCCGAAUGUCUAUGGUCUGAAAGAAUAUUUAUAUGUGUAAUCUUCAUACAGGAGGUGUAAUUUUAAUAAACAAUAACAGAUUAUUAGCUUUGUACCGGCCAGGGCUGUCUUUUUUAUAAUAUAUAGCAUCAUUAUUGACAAACAAUUGUGCCGAAUAAUUUUUAAAUAAUUUUAUAAAUUCUGCAAAAAUACGGCUUGUAUUGCACAAGUAAAUACUAACAGAAAAAAAAAGAAAUUCCGUUAGUACUGUAAAUCCUGUAAUGUGUAUGUUGCCGGAAUAGUUUCAUAAAUUUAUAUUCAUGACUUGACAAAGUUCUACAAAUACGCAUACAAAAGCUCACUCAGUUCUGUU